UCUGGAGAGAAUGUGGCGUGCCAGGUGUAUGAACAAUUAGGAUAGAGGAUGCUGUUCGUUUCUCUUUUUUUUUCCCCCUUUCUACAGGAGUUGCCGAUCCAAAGGCCUGGCUCAGGAGUGAUCCUGUGCCACCUGUACCAUCAAGAUCAAGAUCAAGAUAAUCACAAGUACACCCUAAUAUCGCGCGCCAAAAAUUGCUAAGGCAAUAUUCCGGGGUAUUUUGAGUCAUUGCAAGUUUCAUUCGCUUCUGCUUGGCAUCAGGAAAGGUGAACUUGAACAACGUCAACUGGUGGUGAGGGUGAACACGACUGCCCUGAUCCAUGGAUGACACGCAGCAGCUGGACUGCACACAGGCACUCCUGUGUGACCAGGACGAGGAGGAUGAGUUGGAUGAGACACACCACUUGGUUGCCUGGUUAGAGGUGAAUGGAAGUCAACAUCAAGUCUUUGGUGGGAAGAACAUAAUUGGCCGAGACCCAGAUGGAUGCAAAAUAGUCAUUCCCAACAAGGUCCUGUCUAAGCAGCAUGCAGUAGUGGAGGUGAGGGCAGGUACACACACCCUUUCUGACUUGGGUAGCUGCAACAAGACAAGGCUGGGAAAGAUGGUACUGCGACCCCAUGUCCAGUAUGCACUGCAGGGUGGUGAGAAGAUCAGAUUUGGAAAUGUGAUGGCCACCUACACCAUUAAACCAGAGAAGUGUGAUGACAGUGGCUCAGAGACAGGCUCAGAGUCGAUGCUUCCUAUGAUGGAAGAUGAAGAAGAAAGAUCACCAUCCCCUGUCCUUUCCUCCAGGCUUCAUUAUUCAGGCUCUCAAAAUGCACUGCAGAAUGGCACUGAUGCCAAGCCAGUGACAUCAGUGUUUUCUCAGAACAGCAGCAUACUUCAAGGCAAGGGGAUGUCCUCGUCACCAUCCCUGGACACACCCCUCUCUCACCUUACAGAUUCUCUCUUGCAGUCAAGUGAUGUUGAGAGUAGUGUUGUGAGUGCUUCUCAGUCACCUACAAAGAAGACUGCAUUGCCUUCUCCCUCAUGCACUCGCAGAACCGAUUUGGAGGAGUACAACAGUGAUGCAAGUACAGAUGUAGAAGACAAUGCUCCAGCUCAGUUUUAUCCUAAUUCACCUGAAAAACCAGCGCUUACCUCCCCUGUUACUUCCGUACCAGAGACACCGCCUCAUUCCUCACACAAGACGAUCAUAGCAGACACUCCAGGGUGUUCUUCUUCUAACAUAUCCAUACCAGAGACACCAGCAGCUUCCUAUCCAAGUCCAUCAAAAAUGGAUACCUCAUUGUGUUCCUUGUCCAUCACAUCUAUACCAGAAACACAAGAUUGCUCAUCUCCCAUUCCAUGCUUCCCUGAUACACCUAUAACCACAGGAGAUACUCCAGCAGGAGUACAAAAAAAUGAUCACCCUGGGCAAGGACCUGACAAUGAGUGCUCAGUGUUCAAGAAGCCUCUUGCAAUAUCAACAGUUAAGGCAUCUAGGUCUCCAAAUACACCUGUGAGAGUUGGUUCCUCAUCAAAGUCUUCAGUUGCUACCAAGUCCUCAGAGUCUGUGUCAACACGGCUAUUUUCAGCUGGCAGUUCAGAUGUUGUGGAUCUUGAUGCUCCAACGCAAGUGUUUACAGGCAGUGCAUCAAGUGACAUUGAUCUUGAUGUCCCUACUCAAGUGUUCACUGGUGACACGAGUGUUGAUCUUGAUGCCCCUACUCAAGUAUUCACUGGUGACACAAGUGUUGAUCUUGAUGCCCCAACACAGGUUUUUACUGGUGACACAAAUGUUGAUCUUGAUGCCCCAACUCAAGUGUUUGCAAGCAGUCCACCAAGUGAUGUUGAUCUUGAUGUGCCAACUCAGGUGUUUACUGGUGACACAAAUAUUGAUCUUGAUGCACCAACACAGGUGUUUACCAGUGAUGCACCAGGGGAUUUAGACUGUCAUGCCCCAACACAGGUGUUUACCAGUGAUGCACCAGUGGACAUAGAUUCUGAUGCCCCAACACAGGUGUUCACCAGUGAUGCACCAGUGGACAUAGGUCCUGAUGCCCCAACACAGGUGUUCACCAGUGAUGCACCAGUGGACAUAGGUCCUGAUGCCCCAACACAGGUGUUCACCAGUGAUGCACCAGUGGACAUAGGUCCUGAUGCCCCAACACAGGUGUUCACCAGUGAUGCACCAGUGGACAUAGGUCCUAAUACCCCAACACAGGUGUUCACCAGUGAUGCACCAGUGGACAUAGGUCCUGAUGCCCCAACACAGGUGUUCACCAGUGAUGCACCAGUGGACAUAGGUCCUGAUGCCCCAACACAAGUGUUCACCAGUGAUGCACCAGUGAACAUAGGUCCUGAUGCCCCAACACAGGUGUUCACCAGUGAUGCACCAGUGGACAUAGGUCCUGAUGCCCCAACACAAGUGUUCACCAGUGAUGAACCAGUGGACAUAGGUCCUGAUGCCCCAACACAGGUGUUCACCAGUGAUGCACCAGUGGACAUAGGUCCUGAUGCCCCAACACAGGUGUUCACCAGUGAUGCACCAGUGGACAUAGGUCCUGAUGCCCCAACACAAGUGUUCACCAGUGAUGAACCAAGGGACAUAGACCCUGAUGCCCCAACACAGGUGUUCACCACUGAUGCACCAAGGGACACAGACCCUGAUGCCCUAACACAGGUGUUCACCAGUGAUGCACCAGUGGACAUAGGUCCUGAUGCCCCAACACAGGUGUUCAAAAGUGAUGCAUCAGUAGACAUAGACCCUGAUGUCCCAGCACAGGUGUUCAGUGAUGCACCAGUGGACCUAGGUCCUGAUGCCCCAACACAGGUGUUCACCAGUGAUGCUCCAGAGGACAUAGACCCUGAUGUCCCAACACAGGUGUUCACCAGUGAUGCACCAGUGGACAUAGGUCCUGAUGCCCCAACACAGGUGUUCACCAGUGAUGCACCAGUGGACAUAGAUCCUGAUGCCCCAACACAGGUGUUCAUCAGUAAUGCAUCAGGGGACAUAGACCCUGAUGUCCCAACACAGGUGUUCACCACUGAUGCACCAAAGAGCAUAGAUGGUGUGGAGGAUAAACUUGAUGCUGCAGUCACUCUUGUGUCCUCAAGUGACACCCCAGAAAUUAGUGGUGAUGAGAGCUGCAGGCAAAAGUUGGCAGCGAGUGGUAAUGUUAAAGAUAUUGUCUCUAAGGGAUCCUCUCAGUUGUCUCAUUCACAUGAGUCUGUCACUGAUGAUCCUCCAAGUUCUCCUACUCUUCUAUAUGAUCCUGUAGACUCUGAUGUUCCAACCCAGCUAUUCUCAGGCACUUGCUCUGAUGUUCUCCGGCCCAGCAGCAGCAUCAUGGAGGCUUGGGGGCACCUUGAGUCAGCUGCCAGCCUGAAAACCAGCACACCCUUUGUGGGACACACUAGUAAAGAAAACCUUGAGGAAAGUGAUGCAGCCUCUGAUAUAUCCAAAAGUUUGUUCAAUGAAGAAGAUGAGACAGAUUCUCUCCAUGGUGAGAAAGAGACUGGUGUGUUUGACAUCAUGGAAAAAAGUCAUAAAGAUUUGAAGGAGGAGUAUCACUCAGAUGAAAGCACAGACAUUGAGGAAAACACACUCACAGAUACUACACCACAAACUACCCACAAAAGUGAGAAAACAGUACUCUCACUCAAGAAUGCUGCAGAAUGUUAUGUAAACAAAAAAAGAUCCAUGAGUAAGGUGCCACAAAAUCAGGCUCUUGAAGGAGACUGUGAAGAAGUUUUACAAUUUCCAACGACUUUCUCUUCCCCGGGUAAGGAUGAGAGUCUUCUCAUGCUCACAGGACAGAAUACGUCCUCCAGCACUAGAAAGAGGAGAAAGCACAGGCAAGUCAUAGACUCAGAGCCCUGUAGCCUAGAAUCUUCGCAGGAGGCUGUUCCCAUCAAGGUCUCACUAUCAGACUGCACUUUUGUGAGUGAGGAGAGUAAUGAAGGUAUCCACUUGGCAUCACCAUGCAAGAAGGGACCAGAACAAUCUGAUUGGCUAAGUGACAGUGAGUCUGAGGAGGAUGCCAAGAACCAAUCACAAAAAUUGUUUGAUCUGCCAUCUGACACUGAAGACCCUACACAAAAAGAGGAGAAUAUCCUGUCUUCCAUCAACAGGAAAACCACUGACACUGUAGAUGUUGUGCAAAUGAGAAAGAAUGUCUUGCCCCCUCCUACUACCAGGAAAUCUACCAGACUUGUCUCCCGUAAAGCCAGCACUCCACAGAAAAAUGGGAAAAGGUUUAGGGCAGCUUCCAGUGCCACUCCUGCCUCCAGUUCCUCAGUGCCUGUCUCUACUGCUCCAAAAUAUAACCAAGUCAAAAUGUCUGUUUCUUCCUCCCUAACCCCAGCCUCAAUCCCUAGUUCUGUCCUUGCCCCUGCUUUCCUUACUGCAGCAACUACAAGCACAACCCCAACUUCCACCACAUCUGCUCCAACCUGUGUCCCUGUUCCAAACCUUACCAUUGCACCCAUGACUAGGAGACAAACAAGGAGGGGCAAAACAGAGCUAGUGACUUCUUCCUCCACCACUAUUCCAGUCCAGUCUCCCACAUGUACCAGACGUGGUAAGAGAAGCACACCUUCAUAUGGCAUUCACUCCACCGGCACCAUCUUCAAUACUGUCACCACUCCCAUUUCUUCCCCACGCACCACAUCUGAUACCACUCUCACUACUAUAUCUAACUCCAAUAUUAUCACUGCUAGCACAGUUACAACACUACAAGAUAAGAGAAGAACUCGAUCUCAAAGAGUCUCUGUUCUUUCUCCACUAAAUACCAGGGGUAAGGAGACAGAGACUUUUAAUGAAAGCACAGCAUCACCACAGCCAUCCACAUCAGCAGCUACCAAUAGCAGCAACAGUUCUGCCAAUACAAGGAGCAGGAGGAGUAAGCAGGCAACUAUACCCUCGGUUAUUAAAGUGAAAGUUGAAGUGAAAGAUGAAGAUGUACAGAUGACCCCCUUGACCACAAUAAAGCAGGAGAAAGAAGAGAUAGAGACACCAAUAGAUGAACAAAUCAUCAUCAAAACAGAACCUAAAGAUGAUCUGCCCCAGGACAACCUUCACAAGGACAGUGGCCAGUGCAGGAGGACACGCCGAAAACCUAUGAGAUACUCCCCAGAAAGAGAUAUUAGCCUGCCUGGCAGGAGGUCAACAUCAUCAGGAUCUUCAGGAAGUAUACAGAAGGAGAAAACUGGAAAUGCAUCAGCAGUUAUCACAGAGAGCAGUGAGACACCAAAAGAUGUCCCAGUACAGCAGCGACGCUCCCAAAGGGUCUUGACUUCUGUGCAGACCAGAAAACAGGAGGGAGCUACAUCUGUUUUAAACUCAAUAAGGGUUAAGGAAGAACAAGAGGAUUUUAGUGAAGAGUAUUCAGAGUCUCCUAUUCCACUUAGCAUUACACAGACCACCAAGGCAGACCCACCACCAAAGAAAAGCAGGCAAUCAAGAGCCUCCACUAGCAGAGGUGCAAGUCAGGCACCAUCCAGAGCUACAAAGAAAAUUAAAAUGGAAUUUAUAACAAAGGAAGAAAGUGAUGAAGGCCAUCCUGAAGACUCCCAGAGUAGGAUAACACAACCAAAAGCCAAACAAAUAAAAAUGUCAGAUUGUAAAAAAGAGGAGGCAACAAAAAGAGUGAGUAGAAAUUCACUCUCCCAGCAAAAGGCCAAAAGAAUCAAACAAGAAAGCUCGGAUUCUGCCUCAUCCAGCCAUAGCAGUGUCUCUUCAAGAGCAACCAGGAGUAAUAAAGAUGUGGAGCUGUGGUCUCCCUCAAGGAGGCAGCGGCAGGCCAGCACCAAGCCACGGGUGCUCUUCACAGGCUACGAUGACCCGGCUGACCUUAAGAUUGUUUCGGAUUUGGGGGGGAGGAUGGUGGAGACACCUCAUGACUGCACCGUGCUGGUGGCCACAAGUGUCAAGCGUACCUGCAAGCUGCUUUCUGCUAUUGGGAUGGGGCGCCCAAUUGUGAAUCCUAACUGGUUGACCAUGUCCAAGGCUGCUGGCAACUUUGUCGAUCCAUGGCAGUUCCUCCUCAAAGACCAUGCAGCUGAAGAAAAGUAUGGGUUUUGUUUAGAGGACACCAUUAAAUCUGCAUCCAACUUCUUGCUGUUUGAGGGUUUGUCCAUUUAUGCCACACCCUCAGUGCAGCCACCACCAUGCCAGAUGAGAGACAUUGUAGAGUGUGCAGGAGGAGAUUACCUUCAUGCUCCACCCAGAAAGUAUGCUCCACAGAUCCGGAUAAUAUCCUGCCCAGAGGACAAGCGCCUGUGGCCCUCAUUCAAAUCCUUGGGAAUACCAAUCCUUGGGGUCGAAUUCAUCUUAACGGGUCUGCUGAGGCACGAAUUACUUUUAGAAGAGUUUGUCCUUAACUAAGCCUUUGCUGCUGCUGGUGGUGCUGCUGAUUCCUUGUGGCUUUCCAGCUUCAAGAUGAGACUGACUCCUUGACUGUGACCAAAUAAUGCAUUUUCUCAUUCAUUGUAAGUGUAAAGGAUUUUCAUUGAAAUUUUUUAUCUUUUAUGAUAACUUCACCAAAUGUCUUGAGUACUUGAUGAUGAAAUAUGGAGUAAUGUUGUAUGUAUUUAAUAGACCUAAGCUAUAAAUAAACAUUAUGAUUGUAUAUUAUUUUA